AUAUAUAAUAUGUGUAUAUAUAUUUCUCAUGGUUAUCUUUCAAAGUAUAUUCCUGUGCAAAUGGAGCAGUCCUCUUGGAAGCUCAGCGUAAUCGACUCACGACGAAAUCAGAUAACCAGAUAUCCCCACGACAACAAAUUUGUGUUUCUUCGUCAAUAAGAACAGUGAAAGUAGAGCCAAAAUUUUGUAUAAAAUGGUGGUGAUUACGGCUUUCACAGCAACGGAUUAGGUUAAUUCUCCAGAUAAUUAACUUUUUCCCACCAAGGAAUUGUUGGAAAUGAAGUUUGGGAAAGAAUUUAGUCUUCACUUGGAGAAAACCCUACCGGAGUGGAGGGAAUAUUAUUUGAGCUACAAGCUCUUGAAGAAGUUGCUUAAGAAUAUCCCGGCCGCCGCGGCUGCUCCGCUGCUGCCCUUGCCGGAGCUUCAGGUUUGGUUUGUGGCUAUUCUUUGCGUGGAACUCGAGAAGUUCAACGAUUUCUACGUCGAGAAGGAGGAGGUUUUCGUCAUCCGCUUCCAGGCUCUAAAGGAAAGGAUCGAGGGACUCUUGGAUGCCGAAUUUACCGAAGAAAUAAUGGAAAUACGCAGGGAAUGCGUCGCCCUUCAUGGAGAGAUGGUCCUCCUUAAAAGCUACAGCACCCUUAACUUCGUAGGCCUCGUCAAGAUUUUGAAGAAAUUCGACAAGAGAACUGGGACAUGGCUAGGUCUUCCAUUCAUUCACUUUGCCUUUCACCAGCCCUUCUUCUCAACUGAACUACUCACAACUUUAAUUGGCGAAUGCGAGGAGAUUCUGGAGAUCCUGUUCCCUGUGGUGGCAGAGGUCGUUGGGGAUGAGCAAACAGGCAUGGUUUCUUCUGAUGCAUCAUCAUUGUGGCUUGGGGAAGAAACCAUAAGGAUUUAUAAUAGCACUCUUGGUGCAUUAAGUGCCAUAGAAGGACUAAGAAGGGAGAGCUCCACUUACAAUCCUUUAUCCAUGUCAAAUGUUUUUGGCAGUCCGGAUAAUGGCAGUACUGGAGGUGUCACGGCAGAAAACUCUCCACGCCACAAUUAAUCAGCCUCCAAAAUAAGCAAAGCAUAAGCUUUAAAAUUACCCAUGCUAAUAAGCUUACUUCUGCUGCUGCAGAGUGUGAAUUUGCUGCUUUUGCUUCAAUUCCAGAAUUAUGUAAUAAACCAAGCACACACUUACCGCUA